GUCGAGCCGCGUCGCUCCAAGUACGGAUUUCGGGACGGGCUCCUCUCCGGAAGUGCUGGGUCGAGACCCAAAUCGGCAUUAAAAUUAACCGAGACAGUUACGCGGUCUUGGAGCCGAGACUGUAGCCGUGGAGCGGGGAUGAUGAAGCGCUUUGCACACUGAAGCCAACACCAGACACAAUUGGCAUUACCAGAAGAAUGGUGGACUGUGACAGCAGUCGCGAUCCCACAUUCCAGAGCUCAUGCUGCUCUGUGAACAACAGCAUGAGGGAUAAUUGCAGCAAUCAUGGACAGUACUCCCAUACUGUGUUUGAAGAGAUGCAAGGUUACGAUGUAGAGUUUGACCCACCAUUGGAAAACAAAUACGAGUGUCCAAUCUGUUUAAUGGCGUUGAGGGAGGCUGUCCAAACACCUUGUGGCCACAGGUUCUGCAGAGUUUGCAUUGUGAAGUCUAUCAGGGAUGCUGGACACAAAUGUCCAGUGGACAAUGAGAUGUUGUUGGAAGCCCAACUUUUCCCAGAUAAUUUUGCAAAACGAGAAAUUCUUUCUCUGACAGUCAAAUGUCCUAACAAGGGUUGUUACCAGAAAAUGGAACUGCGACAUUUGGAGGAUCACCAGGAGCUGUGUGAAUACGCCUUUGUCGACUGUCCGCAAUGUGAGUCUGUGCUCUGGCGAAAGGAGCUGCAACAGCACGUGGAUUCAGACUGUCCCAAGAGACCUGUAGCUUGCGAGAAUUGUGCCAUAUUGAUGCCCUAUCUGGAGAAAAAGGAUCAUGAUCAAAGCUGUCCAUUGGCCAAUAUCACCUGUGAAUACUGUAACAUGGAGCUCAUCAGAGAACAGAUGCCAAACCAUUAUAACCUGGAUUGCCCGAAAGCCCCCGUUCCCUGCACUUUCAGUAGUUUUGGUUGCCCAGAAAAGAUGCAGAGGAACGAUCUGGCGAUGCAUCUGCAGGAUUACACGCAGGCCCACAUGCGGAUGAUGGCUCAGACGCUGCGCAGCGUGAGCACAGGACUGACUUCUCAGAUGUCUUGCAUUGACAUGCUGAACUCCGAGGUAGAUUUUCAGCCAGCAGUGCUACCAGGUAUGCUUCAGGCCUCCCACUCCCACAUGCAGCCGUCUCCACAGCAGCCCACGGCAUCCUCUGUGUCCUGUGACUGCUCGCCCCAGAUCCAGAACCUGAAGGAAACUGUCCAGCAGCUGGAGGGACGCCUGGUCCGACAAGACCACCAGAUCCGCGAGUUAGCUGCCAAGAUGGAAACGCAGAGCAACCAGAUGGUGGAGCUAAAGCGCAGUGCCCGCAUGCUGGAGGAGCGCCUGGGUGAGCUGGAGGCCCAGCAGUGCAAUGGGAUUUUCAUCUGGAAGGUGGAAAAUUUCAGCGCCCACCUGCUGGCACAGGCGGAGGACCAACCUGUGGUGCUCCACAGCCCUGGCUUCUACACAGGCAAGCCAGGAUACAAGCUGUGCCUCCGCCUGCAUCUGCAGACACCCAGUGCCCAGCGUUGCUCCAAUUACAUUUCACUCUUUGUGCACACCAUGCAGGGUGAGUACGACAGCUACCUGCCCUGGCCCUUCCAGGGCACCAUCCGGCUCUCCAUCCUCGACCAGUCAGAGGGACCCAUCAAGCAGAACCAUGAGGAGGUCAUGGAGAGCAAGCCCGAGUUGCUGGCAUUUCAGCGGCCUGCCCUGCAGCGCAACCCCAAGGGCUUUGGCUAUGUCACCUUCCUGCACCUCAAAGCCCUCAGUCAACGCACAUAUGUGAAGGAUGACGUGUUGCUUGUCCGUUGCGAGGUGGUGACCCGGAUGGACCAGAACUGGGCAAGGAAAGAUGACUUCCAGCCUCGCUCAGCAGAAGGUGGCCUGUGACCACUGGCCAGAGCCAUGCUGCCAUUCAAUAACAUUGCUUUAACUGGGACAGAACUGGAAUUAGAACAACACGGCCAGCUAGCCUUGUUAACUUACAAAGAAACAGCCACAUACUUCCUACAGACACUGAUGUUGAAAGCAGGCUGGCUCAUGACUUGAAUCUUGGGAGCACUGGCUAUAAUACUUGUAUCAUCAUGAUAGCUAUAGAUGGGCUGCUCACUUUGAAUUGAUUCUACAUACUGUUUAUCAUUCACUGUAUUUUAUACAUAAUUUUAUUUUUAUAAAAGUUUGUUGAACAUGUAUACAGAUUAGUAGAAGGAUAAAGCCACCCAGUCCCUUGAGUCUGCUUUGCCUUUCAAUUAGAUCAUAGCCAAUCUGAAUGUAAUCUCAACCCAAUAUUCUGUAAUCUCAGUUCUGUAUUUCCAGCUACCUUUGAUAAUCUUUCAUCUCUUUGCUCCACCAAGAAACUAUCUACAUUCACCUUAAAUAUAUUAAAGGACUGUCUUUCCACCACCCUUUGUGGAAGGGAGUUCUGAAGUUGGGGGUGGGGUGAGGUGAUUCAUCUUGUGUGUCUUAUUUUUAAAUAGCGAUCCCUGUUUCUGGAUUCUAUCACGAGAGAAAACCUUUCCUCAUCCUGACAAACUUUUCAGGAGUUUGUAACCUUCAAUGAAAUUCCCUCUCACUUUUCGAAGCAACAGCAAAUACAAACCUACUGUCCAAUCCUCCCCAUUCUGGGAAUCACUCUGAUAGACCUUCCCUCUGAACUGUUUCGAAUGAACAAAAGUAAACCAGAUGAACAAAAUCACCAAUCCCCUAUGUAAUUGAGCCCUAACCCCUCUAAUUUUGUAUUCAGAAAACUAGUUAUUAAAAAUCUGAGAGGUCCAAAUGAUUUGCAUACCAGCCGUUAAUGAAUCAUGCAGAAGGACAUCCUGAUCCCUCUGCUGUCUCAUCAUUUAGUUAUUUAUUUUUCCUGUCAAAGUGGAUAAUUUCACACUUUCUCCAUACGUACUCCAUUUUUCAGAUCUUUUCCUAUUCCCUUGUCUGUUUCGCUUUGUAGCCUCCUUGGGUAAUGGGUUUGUGAUGAAGCUGAGUUUGAGUCUAAUUUAUAAGAUUUAUAUUUGUGUUUUGUAUGUAAAAUGUAGAUUUAUUUUUAAUGAGGGUUAAGGUGUGGGACAUUGACAUGGAUGAAGAGUAAAUAUGCAGGUAAUGUGUUCCUUAUUGCAAUGAACAGUCAUGCUGUGGCCAGAAGUGACACAUCAUCCCUGACCAAUUUAUAAGAUACAUGUCCCAGUUUCAGGUCCUAUGUACUGUACCUUAAGGCCCAAGUCAAGCUGUUAAGAUGGGCAAUUCUUAUGAGGCUGUGCCAUUUUCCAGAUUUCUUGAGGUUUUUCUUUCCUCCAUCCAAUAAUUUGCCCUUGAAAGCUUCUCUCCUGGUUUAGUUCCUAUUGCUAUGCUAAGUAACUUCCUCAGUUUUUUAAAUUCAGUCCAGUGUGAUUAUUGACACAAGGCCAAAAUCGAUUGCCUUUUCCGAGUUGCUCUUGAUGGUCGUGGUAGCUUGAGGCAAAGUGGUGAAUACUGGGUGACGAAUGAUGGAGGAGGUGGGGCUAGCAUGUAUUUUCACAUUUUCACCCGUUCCCUUCUCCCAGGCUCCCCAGAUCUCCAGGUUCCAGGAUGCCAGUUUCAAUUGUAGCAUCACUUUUGUUGCUGCUGAAAUGGAAUUGUUAUACUAAAGCUUUGAAAGUGAGAUAAUUUUCCUUUAAUUUGGAAGAACUGACAUUAUUCAAAGGGAAUCAUCAAAAUUCUCUCACUCUUUUGACCCUUAAUUGGAAUCAUUUGUGGCUGACCUCUCAUUAUUUUGAUUUUUGCCAAAGCUGCCACAUGUAAUCUGUCAGCCAAAUUUCAACAGUGACAACUCAUUGAGAAUACGUAAUUGGCUAUGAAAUGCUUUGGAACACCUUUAAGCAGCCAUUUUUACAGAAACUUCCUUUAGAUAAAGGUUGCUUCCUAAUCCCAGUCUUCCUUAGAGUUGAAAAAUAAUUUGCAAAAGUGGCCCAAGUCAAAAACGUAUAAUAAAACAAAAGAAGCAGAAAAGAUGCAAGACUGCAGCACCAACCUGUGCACGUUAAAAGGAUUCCACUUGAUACUCUGGUCAAUCCUAAAUUUGUUGGGCAGAAGAUACAGUCCAACAGUUGCUCUGAUCUCUGUUGGGCUGAUGCAGAAACAAAUCGCCAGUGAACCUAUUUCAUUACCUGAUGACAAAGCUUGGUUGAGAUGGCUAUUGUCCACAGGGCAGUGAUCUGGGAUUCACUCUACUGUGGAAGGCCUUGAGCUGGAUGGCAUUUGCCACACGUGGAACACCUAAAAGUGAAGGUUAAGUAUCAAUUUCUCAAAUGAUUAAGUUUUCAAUGAUCUCUUUUGGUGAACUGACUGUGUGUCAAAUGACACGAGUAGGUUAUCUGUUCUUGAUUUUUUGAUUCCUGGCCAGAAGAUGAAGCCUUGGAGAGUUAAAAUUAUUGCAAACUACAACAAAACAGUACAAUGAAUCUUGUGUUUUUAUGUCCAUCCUCUGUUAGACUAUUCUUGUUUGAAGAUCCUUGGUAAAACCCUUCUCCAGAGAUUCACAUAAUCUGAGCCAGCCUUGUUGCCCUACUGAGUAAGUGCAUCACUACUAGAUGUGACUAAAAAGGUCCAUCCUAUGGUAUUAUUCAAGGAAGAAGGUAAAUUUUGACAGUGUUAUAGUUAACUGAUCCCUCAAUCCACACCAUAGGUGAAUAGCCAGGUAAUAUUUCUGCCCAUUGUAAUCUGAGUACGUAUUACGUUGUUUGCCUGGCAAACAAAACAAUGGCUGUGAAAUGCUUUGGGACACCACAAAGGGUCCUUCAUAACUGCAGGCUUGUCACAGUUUUAGCGUAUUGCAAACCAAUGACACCCUUGCCUAACUGAUACCAGCAUUCCUUGAAUUACAAACUGAAAGCCUUUGUUCAGAUAUCCCUAGGUAUUCAUCCUGAUGUCCUUGCACCUAAUGGGAUACAUGGCUUCCUUUAAUUGCUGACAAACAAUGAAUGUAAGCUAACCAAUUGUAAUAUCAUCAUCAUCACUGUCAUUAUGUGCCGUGUCGUAUGACGUGAGCAAUCAUUAUUCUUGGUAAAUUUUACUGCAGAAGUGGUUUGCCAUUAUUUUCUGGGCAGUGUUUAUGCAAGCUGGGUGACCCCAGCCAUUAUACUCUUCAGAGAUUGUCUGCCUGGUGUCAGUGGUUGCAUAAUCAGGACUUGUGAUAUGCACCGGCUGCUCCCAUGACUUCAUGUAACCCUGAUUGGGGGGCUAAGCAGGGUCUCUGUCUUGCUCAAGGGUGACCUACCUGCAGGGUAGUGGAGGGAAGGAGCACCUUACACCUCCUUUGGAGAUGUAUAGCCACCCAAAUUGUGAUACAGCAUAAUCAUUUAUGGUGGCUCUGCACAAUCAAAGAAGGUACAACAGUACACAAUUUCUCCAAUAAUAUUAUGUAGUAAUGCAACUUUAACACCAUAACAGUUGUUCAUACCUUGUGCAAGUGUUUUGAUUACUCAUCAGUUUCCCCUUCACAGUUUAAUAACUCUUGAUAUAGAACAAUAUAUUUUGUGAUAAUUUAAACAAAACCUGAAAAUUCUUUACUGUGCAUAUUAU